CAGUACCCAACGUCAGCAGGAUUACCCGCGUCGCCAUGCCCAAAGCGAGCGGCCGUGACGGCGGAGUGCACCUCUUCCUGCCUUUAAUACUUGGAGCCUGCUUGUUCCCGGUGACGCACACCAUGGAAUUUGACAGUAUUCCCAGAAGGACAAUACGGAUAGAAGAUGUAUUUGACUACAAACGAUUCAGUCACAGCGUGUACAACUACACAACUUUCUGGCUUGAGGAGGAACAAGGGGUCCUUUAUGUUGGAGCAAGAGAGGCCAUCUUUGCUCUCAAUAUGAAGGACAUCAAUGACAAGUCCAUGAAAAUGAUACAAUGGGAAACUCCUUCUGAAAAACGAUUGAAUUGUCUAAAGAAGCGGGGACACAAAAAGGUGGACUGUUAUAACUACAUCCGUUUUCUGCAAAGAUUCAAUGAAACCCAUUUAUUCACCUGUGGCACCAAUUCAUUUAAUCCGCACUGCGCCUACAUUGAGAUUGAAAAAUUCACUUUAUCAGCUGUCCAUAGUGGGAAAGAAUUUUGCCCUUAUAACCCCACGGUUGGAUAUACAGGUGUCACCAUUGACAAUAAAAUCUACGUUGCCACACUCUAUGGGUUCCACAGCGGACGGGCGAACAUCAAACGGUUCCCUGAGACGCACUCAUUCCAGAUGGAAGAUUGGUUUUCCUACUCGCCCAACGACCUAGACUUCGUCGACUCUGUGUUGUUGAGGGAGAGUGACAACAGCUCUGUGGGCGACGACGAUAAGAUUUACUUCUUCUUCACGGAGAAGCUGGCGAGAGAGUACAAGUUUAAUGGAAAGCCAAUGGUCAGCUGGGUGGCCCGGAUCUGCAAGAGUGACAAGGGAGGAAUGAAAAUUUUGCAGAGGAAGUGGACAUCUUUUCUAAAGUCCCGACUUGUGUGUUCCAUCCCAGAGUACGACUUCUAUUAUAAUAACUUGAGGAGUAUCUACGUGUUGAACCAGGAGCACUGGCAGGACGCCGUGUUUUAUGGAGUGUUUGUAUCCCAGUGGCAAAACGUAGAAUCAUCCGCCGUCUGUCAGUACACCUCUGCAGACAUCCGGAAGGCAUUCGAAGGGCCGUACAAGGAAGAUCAGAGAUCUCCGCAGCGGUGGUCAAGAUACAGACACAGAGUUCUAGAGCCACGUCCAGGAUCGUGCAUCACAGAUGAAUUUCGGAAAGCUGGAUUCAGGACGUCACGUGACCUGCCGGACAACGUACUGAGCUUUGUGAAGAAGCAUCCACUGAUGGAUGAAGAGGUCAGACCUGUGGGAGGUCGCCCACUCUUCACGAAGAAGGAAGUGAACUACACAAAGAUCGUAGUGGAUACAGUCACAGCACUGGAUGGUAAACAGUACAACGUCAUGUUCAUUGGCACAGAUAAUGGCUGGAUCCACAAAGUGGUGAGCUCUGGAGCCAGCACGCACAUCGUUGAGGAGAUCCGGCUGUACGAGGAUCUACAGCCUGUGGAAAGCCUGGUAUUAGCCAGAGCCCAGAGCGAGUCUGAUUCAAGACAUUACGAACGGGAACAAAGGGUGUAAGAGCAAAGACCCAGUGGGUCACUUAAACUUCAAGGAACCGGUUGGUUAGUCAUCACUGAGACAGCCAGCGGGGUUACGAGGAGCCUGGUGCCCUGAUCAGGCAGUUUGAUGAUGAACCAACACGUCACAAUACAGGUAACUAUGACAACCUCACCACAAGGCAAAGCACCAUUCAAGAAUUGGAACUAAAAUAGAGACUAGAGUCAUCGGAACCAGAAGGCUUCAAAAUCAUAAUCAGGCUAAUAUACCAUGUCAAAAAUACAGACGGACCCAAAGUUAUGUGUUGUACCUCGUAUAAUAGAGAGAAUAUAUUUAGACUUGUGAGAGUGGAGCUCAUUAUUCCCAUUCCUUAUUGGAGUUUGUGUUUCAUGGUCACAUUCUGCAAUGUAGCCUAAGUAAUUCAUUAGUGAAUCUUUCUAUUGAUUAAUUACAUCUUUGCAUUAAAUUGU